AUUUUUUUCUUCUUAUUAAAAAAUCUUCUUUUUUAAACAAGUAUACAUAUAAAAAGAUGAACGCAUCCAAUACACUUGUUGUAGAUAACGGUACAGGUUUUGUAAAAUGUGGUUAUGCAGGUUCGAAUUUCCCUGAACAUGUGUUCCCAAGUGUGGUAGGACGACCCAUCUUGCGUGCGGAAGAGAAAGUGGGUGACUUAAAGGUCAAGGACAUCAUGGUAGGAGAUGAAGCAGCACAACUUCGAAACAUUCUUCAAAUGUCCUACCCAAUGGAAAACGGCAUCAUUCGUAACUGGGAAGAUAUGCGUCAUUUGUGGAACUACACCUUUGAUGAAAUGUUGAAAAUCGACCCGAGAGACAGCAAGAUUUUGUUGACGGAAGCUCCCAUGAACCCUAAGCAAAACCGUGAAAAGAUGGCCGAAAUCAUGUUUGAAGAGUAUGGCUUUCAGGGUAUUUAUGUCGCUAUUCAAGCCGUUCUCACCCUCUUUGCUCAAGGUUUAAUGUCGGGUGUGGUAGUUGAUUCUGGUGAUGGUGUAACCCAUAUUGUACCCGUAUAUCAAGGCUACGCUCCUGCCAACUUAACUCGUCGUCUUGAUGUCGCAGGUCGUCAUGUCACCCGCUACUUGAUCAAAUUGUUGCUUUUGCGAGGUUAUGCAUUUAACCGUACUGCUGAUUUCGAAACGGUGCGCCAAAUCAAGGAAAAGUUCAGUUACGUCAGUUAUGAUCUUGAGUUGGAUCAAAAGUUGGGUAAUGAGACCACAACAUUAGUUGAAAGUUAUGAACUUCCGGAUGGACGUGUGAUUAAGGUGGGUUCUGAACGUUUUGAAGCUCCCGAAUGUUUAUUCCAACCCAACUUGAUUGAUGUAGAAGCCCCCGGCAUGGCUGAGAUGCUUUUCAAUACGAUUCAAUCCGCUGAUAUUGAUAUCCGUGCUGAUCUUUAUAAACACAUUGUUCUUUCAGGUGGAUCUACCAUGUAUCCUGGCUUACCCAGUCGUUUAGAAAAGGAAAUGAAGCAACUUUACCUUACAAAUGUCCUCAACGGCGAUGCUAGCCGAUUAAACAAAUUCAAAAUCAGAAUUGAAGAUCCUCCUAGACGUAAGCACAUGGUUUAUCUUGGUGGUGCUGUUCUUGCUGAUAUCAUGAAGGAUAAGGAUUCAUGGUGGGUCACAAAGGCGGAAUGGGAAGAAAUGGGUCCUCGUGCAUUGGAAAAGAUGGGUGUGUUAGGAUCCACUUAGGUCUUAUAUUAUUAUUAUUAUUAUUAUUAA